CUUUACAUGCUGUCUCCCGUUGAAAAAGUUGAAACAAAGUGACAAACAACAUCAUAUAUUCAAAACCCUUUCCCACUAAACAACAUUUCACUCUCUCAAACCUCCCAAAAAAGCCCUUUCUAAUUAGGAUGGCAUUGAGCAACAACAUCAUCGGCGGCGCCAACUUCGUGGCAAUGCUGCUGUCGAUCCCGGUGAUAUGGGCGGGGAUAAUGCUGUCGUCCAAGGCGGACAACGCGUGCGUGAAGAUCCUGCAGUGGCCGGUCAUCAUCCUGGGCGUGCUCAUCCUUGUGGCCGCGCUGGCCGGCUUCGUGGGCGGCUUUUGGAGGAUCCAGUGGCUCCUCAUUGCCUACAUGGUCGCCAUGCUUGUCCUCAUUGUACUCCUCGCUUGCCUGGUUGUAUUCAUCUACAUGGUCACCAGCAGAGGCGGGGGCCACCCCGUCCCCAGCCGGACUUACUGGGAGUAUGACCUCGGCGGCUACUCCGGCUGGCUGAGGCGGCGCGUGAGCAGCACGUACAAGUGGGAUAGGAUCAGGAGCUGCCUCAGCCACACCACCAUUUGCGCCGAGUUGAAUCAGAGCUAUCGCGCCGCUCAGGAUUUCUUCAAUGCUCCCAUCACUCCUUUGCAGUCAGGAUGCUGCAAGCCGCCGACAGAAUGCGGGUACACGUUCGUGAACCCGACAUACUGGAUAAGUCCCAUAAACAACGCGGCGGACAUGGACUGUGUGCAGUGGAGCAACGACCAAACACAGCUCUGUUAUUCGUGCGAUUCGUGCAAAGCCGGAUUGCUUGCAAAUCUCAAGAAAGAAUGGAUGAAAGUAGACAUGAUUUUGAUCAUCACUCUUGUCGCUUUCAUUGCGGUUUAUGUAUUUGGAUGUUGUGCAUUCAGGAAAGCCAAGACUGAAGAUCUCUUUAAAAAGUACAAGCAAGGUAAUACAUACACUUGAAAAACUAACAAUCUUUCAUGAGACUGUUGUUAUUAAACUUAUUUACUAGGCAAUUAGAGGUGAUGUGCUUUGUAUUACUCCUACUAUUUGCGAGUUACUUCUUGAAUGUGUAUUUGGGGGACAUUUUGAUUUA